GAACUGAUGUGAAAUCACAGCUUUGUUUUGUUUUGAUAUGAGUGUAUGUGUACAAUGUGAAAAUUAAUUGAAUUUUUCAUUAUUCAAAAAAGAAAAACAAAAAACAAUGAAUGUGCCAAGCUAUCCAUCUCUUGUACCCAGAUUGGUAGAACCGUAUUGGUUUCCCGUAGACGAACCUUGCGAUGAUGAAUUAGAUUUAACUCAAAUGGAAAGAGAACAUCAAAAUUGGCUAACUUUUGUUGCAGAGAAAGAUAAAGACAUUGUUCCCAUCGGUAAAACAGCAUCGGAGCCUUUUGAAGAAGAUGAAGAAGACGAAGAGGAUGAUGACAACGAUGAUGAUGAAAGUGAAAGCAAUGAAGAAGACGAUGAAGAAUUAGAUGCAGAAAUGAACUACGACCAAGACACUGAAAUGUUUCACAUUGAAUGAUGUUAAAAAAUGUACUUAUUGCAAGCUUGUCUGUCAUCAAAUGUAUUUGCCAUUAUUUCAAAUUAAGUUAUUGUUUUCAUCCUGCAUAGUUUUUCUUUUAAUGUAAAUAAAUAAAAAUUUUCAUAAAAGUUA